CAGAUACUGUCCACUGUGUACAAAGUGCCCAACAGAUGUGUGAAUAAACCAUUGUGUGACUAGGCUUUGACAGAUGGAUCAAUAAACUCAAACUCUUCCUGUUUGGAUUUUUGUAAAAAAUAAUUUUAUUUAUCUCUUAACUCUUAGUUACCUCCAGACAGUUAACAAUCAUCUAUAAUAUACUAAUCCUAUUACAUCAGCUACCUAUUAAAUUGCUUAGUCGCAGUUUAUUUCGGCAAUUUGGAAAUUUAAGUUAUACAACGGAACCUGAAUGAUUGAUUCUGUUGAUUCUAAAAAAAAAAAAAAAUUUGCAACGCUCCGGGUAGCCAUCAGUGUUCACAAUUCCCACAUUAGGGAGAAGAUUAUGCCAAGCUAUCUUUUUGUUAGCAUUCUGUAUUCCCGCUGGAGUCAACGAAGGAAACGAGGUAAAGCUCGCCUAGCUUUACACCCAUAUGGAGGGAGACAAGAGCUGGUGUAAAGUUCCUUGUGUUUGGGUCAGCGUUUCUUUUCCCACUACAAAAUUCCAACUGAAUAAAUUCCGGCCACUUGGCUUCUCAUUGGCCAAGCAAGAGGGGACAAGGGAGCAAACUGCCGGGAAGCCAAGGUUUUGCAACCGCUGCCUUAAUCCCCAACGCGGUGCCACCGGUUAUCCAAUCAGCGCCGAGUACCACAUUCCUCCCCGAGGUUCCUCCUCCAGUAGAGACCUCUACGUAACAGCAAAGUCAGCUAAUCCCCAAAUAUUCCUAAUAAUACUUACAUUGCUACACAAGCCACACUUGCAUUCAUUAUUUCACUCAAGCUCCUCAACGACCCAAGAAUAGGGGUACUGUUUGUAUUUCUCAGGAGAGGGGACUGCACCUGAGCUACAGAUCCCAGGAGCUCCAGGGCCGAUACGCAAAUCCCGAGCUGUAACCACGCCUUCGAGAAGAACUGCGAUCUGGCGGCUCAGGACCACUGCCGACACUUCCUCAGCCUGAAGCUUUCCGGGAUAACCCACUUGCCUUGGAUUCUCAGGCAGUAGUUACCCUCCCUCGCGGCCCACUGAGCCGAUAACCUGACGCAUUCACCCAUCCUCCCCAAACCUGGAAAACCACUGUCAAGUGUGCGUCCUUGCCAGCAACGCGCAGCUCUUACAAGACGAGGCCUCGAAUCUGCCGUCACUCUAAGGGUCACCCACGAACCCGGAUCAAGCACUGAGUGGCCGACUCAGGCUUCCCACGCCCGCCCGACCGCGGUCACCACAAUUGUUCCCAUUAACAAAUGGGCCCAGCCCUGAACGUAGAGGCCGCUCUAUCCUCUCACGGAGCCAGCCCUCUCGUUGCUCCUUACCUGACGUCAUCGUCAGGCGCCGCGGCGCGGUGGCGGGCACGCGCAGCCGAGAAGAUGUCGCCGACGCCGCCGCUUUUCAGUUUGCCCGAAGCGCGGACGCGGUUUACGAAAUCUACCAGAGACGCCCUAAACAACAAAAAUAUCAAGCCAUUGCUGAAUACCUUCAGCCAGUUACCUGGCAGUGAAAAUGAAAAAAAAUGUACCCUUGACCAAGCUUUUAGAGGUGUUCUAGAAGAAGAAAUUAUAAAUCAUUCAUCAUGUGAAAAUGUUUUAGCUAUUAUUUCUCUUGCUAUUGGGGGAGUAACUGAAGGUAUUUGUACCGCAUCUACACCUUUUGUAUUGUUGGGAGAUGUUUUGGAUUGUCUUCCUUUGGAUCAGUGUGACACAAUAUUCACUUUUGUGGAAAAAAAUGUUGCUACUUGGAAAUCAAAUACAUUCUAUUCUGCUGGGAAAAAUUAUUUACUACGUAUGUGUAAUGAUCUCCUACGAAGAUUAUCAAAAUCCCAGAAUACAGUUUUCUGUGGACGAAUUCAACUGUUUUUGGCCAGGCUUUUCCCUUUAUCUGAGAAGUCAGGUCUUAACUUGCAGAGUCAGUUUAAUCUGGAAAAUGUCACUGUUUUCAAUACCAACGAGCAGGAAAGCACAUUGGGUCAGAAGCACACUGAGGAUAGAGAAGAAGGAAUGGAUGUAGAAGAAGGUGAAAUGGGAGAUGAUGAAGCUCCAACAACUUGCUCCAUUCCAAUUGAUUACAACCUGUACCGAAAAUUUUGGUCACUUCAGGACUACUUUAGGAACCCUGUGCAAUGCUAUGAGAAAAUUUCAUGGAAAACCUUUCUCAAGUAUUCUGAAGAAGUUCUAGCUGUUUUUAAGAGUUACAAAUUAGAUGAUACUCAGGCCUCAAGGAAAAAGAUGGAAGAAUUAAAAACAGGAGGAGAGCAUGUGUAUUUUGCAAAAUUUUUAACAAGUGAAAAGUUGAUGGACUUACAACUGAGCGACAGUAACUUUCGUCGACACAUCCUGUUGCAGUAUCUCAUUUUAUUCCAAUAUCUCAAGGGGCAGGUCAAAUUCAAAAGUUCAAACUAUGUUUUAACUGAUGAGCAAUCACUCUGGAUUGAAGAUACUACAAAAUCAGUUUAUCAACUACUAUCUGAAAACCCCCCUGAUGGAGAAAGAUUUUCAAAGAUGGUAGAGCAUAUAUUAAACACUGAAGAAAACUGGAACUCUUGGAAAAAUGAAGGCUGCCCAAGUUUUGUGAAAGAAAGUGAAGAGUUAACAAGGCUUUGGAAUCUCUGUCCUGAUAACAUGGAAGCCUGUAAAUCAGAGACAAGGGAAUACAUGCCAACUUUGGAGGAAUUCUUUGAAGAAGCCAUUGAACAGGCAGACCCUGAAAACAUGGUUGAAAAUGAGUACAAGGCUGUGAACAAUUCAAAUUACGGUUGGAGAGCCCUGAGACUGUUAGCUCGGAGAAGCCCUCACUUCUUCCAGCCAACCAACCAGCAGUUCAAAAGUUUGCCAGAAUAUCUUGAAAACAUGGUAAUAAAGCUAGCCAAGGAAUUACCACCUCCUUCUGAAGAAAUAAAAACAGGUGAGGAUGAAGAUGAGGAAGAUAAUGAUGCUUUACUGAAGGAAAAUGAAAGUCCUGAUGUUCGACGAGACAAACCUGUAACAGGGGACCAAAUAGAAGUAUUUGCUAACAAAUUGGGUGAACAAUGGAAGAUUCUGGCUCCCUACCUGGAAAUGAAAGACUCAGAAAUUAGACAGAUUGAGUGUGACAGCGAAGACAUGAAGAUGCGAGCUAAGCAGCUCCUAGUGGCCUGGCAGGAUCAGGAGGGCGUGCACGCAACACCUGAGAACCUCAUCAGUGCACUCAACAAGUCCGGAUUAAGUGACCUUGCAGAAAGUCUAACUAAUGACAAUGAGACAAAUAGUUAGCUUCUUUUUUUUAUUAUUAAAACUGUGAUAAGAUUUUGUUACCAAGCAGCAUUUGAUAAGAGGUCCACUGGUUUUGGUAAACAAUAAACAUUUUUAUAACAGUUGUUGUACAGUGGCUGGUGCUCCAAAAACAACAGAAUGCAUACUGGCUCUUGAUGACUGACCUCAGGGUUGGGGGGAAAGGGAGGGAAGUUGGGGAAA